UCACGCGUCCGCUCCUCCCUCCGCGGCGAGAGCACACACAGCCGCUCUUCAGAGCUUCAGGUCUGACGAGCGCAUCGCAUCGAGCUGGUCGUCUUGAGCUUGUGUGUCAGCCACGGUUCCUGCUGCUCUGCUGGUUCUGUUGGACUCCCCUCCUCCUUGAGCCGCAGGGGAUGAGGGGAUGAGCCGGCGCGUCUCCUCUCACACCCCGCCGCCGCCUCCUCCUCGGCUCUGCUCCGUCUCGGCUCGUCCAGGAUGCGGGCUGCGGUGUUUGCGGCCCUGCUAGCUGUGGGCACCUGCUUUCCAGCAGGGUCUGACCUCUGCCCCCGCAGUCUGGACUGCGCUCGUGCCGGACGCCACUUCUGCCAGGCUGGGACCUCACGCUGUGGCCCCUGCCUGCACCCCCUGGUGGAAGACUCUCGCGGUCACUGCAUUGUCAGGAGGAGACAUGGUCAUCAAUCUGGUAAAAGCUUUGAAGGUAAAGGGACUUCUCACCCUGAGCUCGAUGAGGAGAUUGACUUCCUGUCUGCCAUCAUCAGCGAGCAGAGGACUGAAUCUUUGGUUCCAGCCGCCACAGUCUCCCAGGCUCAGGACGCCAAUCGAACUGCAGUGGUUCCCACCAGCCAAGCUCACCUGUCAAGCAGUUGGGCUCCACCCACCACCACAAACCACACCCCCGUUCCUCACAGAGAUCCCAUCAUCCUCCCCUUCCCUUCCAGUGACCGCCUGUUUGUCAUCAUCAGCAGCGUCUUCAUUGUGGCGGGGGCGCUGGUGCUACUGGUAGCGGGGGCCUGCUGGCUCAGGCACAGGGACGAGCCCAAAGUUCCCGACUCCGGAGCCUCCACAGACGAGGAGAACGAGGACGGAGACUUCACGGUGUACGAGUGUCCAGGACUGGCCCCCACGGGGGAGAUGGAGGUGAAGAACCCCCUUUUUGACGACUCCACCCUUUACCUGCAGCGGCUCCAUCAGUGAGCCUGGACUCUUGGAUGUUUUGCCCCUGAAUGUAGCACUGUUGUGUUCUCCUGGCUGAACGGACAUGCAUGCACACCCUCCUCACACGGCUGCGCCCCCGUGGCCAGCGGUGCUGAACGGACUUCAGCUUCAGUAUUUGAAUCUUUUGGCGAGGAGCAGGUGUGGGUGGAGUCUCCUCCCUGCUGUGUAUGUUUGUGAUGUAGCCUCGUGUUCUCCGUCUUGCUCCUCUAUGCAUGGUUAGAUGGCGCUGUGUAAGAAACCGGAGUACGCAUUUCCUGUUUGAACCUCAGAUUGCUGCAGAUUUAUAUGAAACCUGUGUAGAUAGAUCUAUUUGAAAUGUUGUUUUUACACGCCACGGGACAGACCCACUUGAUUUCUGCAGCUGGGGUCAUGUUUCCAUCUUCUUUCCAUCGGGGUUGUGGCAUUUGAUUGGGGGGUUAGAGCUUCUGGUCAGGAGGAGCAGAGAGCAUCCCAUCACUGCAGGCUGCAGCAGCGCCUUUGUGUUCAGGUCUGACCUUCGGGCGCCACACGGACGCCCCCCACCUGAAGUGGACUGUUUUGGGAUAUCCUCUCAGGAAACCCCCUGUUGUACACCCUGUGCUCCCUCCCCAGAUCUCCUCCAGGAUCCAUCAUCGCUGAAACUGCUCUGUUGGGAAACCAAUCCGAGGAGAACAUUCUUCUCCUUUCUUGGAUGGGUUUACUCUGAAAGCUCAUUGAACCUGCUGGUGGAGCGGAGCAGUUUGACUCAGAUGGAUUUCCGGCUGCACAUCAGUAUUCCUGCGUUAGCUUGCAUGUGAAAACCACAGCAUAGACAGACAAAUAAAUAUUUCUAUGACCUGGA